GCUGGUUGACCUUAUUUUCAGACUAGUAGAUAUUAUAUAUAUAAAUAUAUAAAUACUUUAUUUGUAUAAAUCUUCUUCUUCUUCAUCUUCUUCUUCCUGAUCAUCUCCUUAGAGAGGGAGGGAUGGGUGCCCUUCAUCCGAGCUCCAUAGCAGUGCAUGAAGCAGAGGAUGAUGCCUCGCACUUGAAGGAACUUGAUGCCGGUGCUCGCUUUGUUCUUAAAUCCAAAGGGUCGUGGGUGCACUGUGGUUACCACUUGACAACAUCAAUAGUUGCUCCGGCGCUAUUGAGCCUGCCAUUUGCUUUCGCGUCACUUGGGUGGGCCGCCGGAGUGUUGUGCCUGGUCAUCGGAGCUCUGGUGACCUUCUAUUCCUACAAUUUGUUAUCACUGGUUCUGGAACACCAUGCUCAGCUGGGUCACAGACAUCUCCGCUUCAGAGACAUGGCCAAUGACAUAUUGGGGCCGAGAUGGGGCCGGUUUUAUGUGGGCCCAAUUCAGUUCAUGGUCUGCUAUGGUGCAGUUGUCGGUUGCACUCUUUUGGGAGGACAGUGCAUGAAGGCAAUCUACUUGCUCUCGAGUCCUAACGGAAGUAUUAAGCUCUAUGAAUUUGUAAUAAUAUUUGGAUGCUUCAUGUUGAUUCUUGCCCAAAUACCAUCUUUUCACUCGCUCAGGCACAUCAACUUGGUUUCUUUAGUACUCUGUCUCUUAUACAGCACUUGUGCCACUGCUGGUUCCAUUUACAUAGGAAAUUCAUCCAAGGCACCAGAAAAGGACUAUUCCCUAAGCAGUGACAGUGAAACUCGCAUUUUUGGCAUCUUCAAUGCAAUUGCCAUCAUUGCCACAACAUUCGGAAAUGGGAUCAUUCCCGAAAUCCAGGCGACUUUGGCGCCUCCGGUGAAGGGGAAGAUGUUCAAGGGACUCGCUGUUUGUUAUACAAUAGUGACAGUAACAUUCUUCAGUGUGGCCAUUUCUGGCUACUGGGCAUUUGGCAACAAAGCUGAAGGUCUCAUCCUUAGCAAUUUCUUGGAUGAUGACAAGCCUUUGGUGCCAAAAUGGUUUAUUCUGAUGACCAACGCCUUCACUAUUCUCCAACUAUCAGCCGUUGCCGUGGUUUAUUUGCAGCCCACAAACGAAGUUCUUGAAGGAAUGUUCGCAGACCCUACCUGUGGUGAAUUCUCUGCUCGGAAUGUAGUCCCAAGGGUGAUCUUCCGGUCACUAUCUGUUAUCGUAGCAACAACUGUUGCAGCAAUGCUUCCAUUUUUUGGGGACAUCAAUGCAAUGAUUGGAGCUUUCGGGUUCCUGCCACUUGACUUUGUUCUACCUGUAAUUUUCUUCAACUUGACAUUUAAGCCAUCCAACAAAAGCCCCAUUUUCUGGUUAAAUGCCACCAUUGCUGUGGUAUUCUCGACAAUGGGGGUCAUUGCGGCAGUUGCAGCAGUUAGACAAAUAAGUCUGGAUGCCAAAACUUACAAAUUAUUUGCUAAUGUCUGAUAAAAAAACAAAUGUAAAUUAGCCGAACUUACUCGCCUGCAAUUCUGAAUUUUUCAGAUUUGUGAUUCUUUCAAUAAGAGCACAAUUGGGAUCACUUGUAACAUGCAACAUUUCUCAUAAAUCUAUUUGUAUUAAGAUA